AUGCAUCAUGUUUGCUUACAUGCAAUUGUUCAACGCGAUAUAUCUAGCAAGAAUGUUGUUUUGAACUUGGAAUAUACAGCUCAUGUUUCUGACUUCAAAACUGCCAAAUUUUUGUAUUCUGAUUCAUCCAACUGGACCAUUUUUGUAGGCUCUUUUGGAUAUUCUGCUCCAGAACUUGCAUACACGAUGGAACUAAAUGAAAAAUGUGAUGUGUAUAGUUUUGGAGUAUUAACUCUGGAGAUACUCUUCGGAAAGCACCAUAGAGAUAUUGUGUAUACUACUUUGUGUUCGAGUGGUGUGGGCUUAACACUUGAUGGCAUGUCAUUGAUUGAUCAUUUAAAUGAAUGUCUUCCUCAUCCUACAAAUGCAAUUGCGAUCCCAGCAACCAUAUUCGUAAUAUUGCGGGUGCAAUGGUGGUUAUGA